CACCUCUCUUCCACCGCAGACCAAAACACAUUCCAAUCAAUUACUCUCUCUGUCUCUGCAUCCUCUCCCUGCUCCUACACGGACAGUAAAAGAAACACAAACACACAACACUCAAUCAUUCAUCACACUCCCCUGAAAUGGAAAUUGAGGGAAGCCAACCGGUAGUAGCAAAGAAGCUAUGGAACAUGGUACGUGUCCUGUUCUUCAUGUUGAGAAAAGGCAUAGCCAAGAGCAGAGUAAUGGUAGACUUCCACCAUUUGAUGCUCAAACGUGGAAAGCUCGCCGGAAAAGCCAUAGCCAACACCCUCAUGUUCCACCACCAAUACGCCGCCCUCACUUGCCGCUCCCACAACACCCACCUCUCUGUUUUCUCUCCCCGCGAGUACGAGUUCAGCUGCAGCAACAGCCCUGUUUUUCAACCCACCAAACGCCGCCGCCACCACCAUCACCACCGCUACUCUAAGCCUUCUUCACAAUAUGACGACUUUUCUACUUACAGUGCUGUUCAGAAGGUGCUUGAGAUGUUGAACAAUGACAAGGUGGAGGUUGAUUCUUCUUCCCCUUUGGUGACAUUGCCAGGUUUUGGGAAGAGCCCUGUUUGUAGACAACUGAGAGUUACUGAUUCACCUUUCCCUCUUAAGGAUGAAUCAGGGGAUAGCCAAGUUGACAUGGAAGCAGAGGAGUUCAUUAAGAGGUUCUAUAAGGACCUCAACUUGCAAAAAAGAUCAAUGGCUUCUUUUGAGUCACCAAGCUCAUGGGUAGAUUAAAAAGUGGACCUUUUAUAUAUCCUAUGCUUCUAGUUCUAGCCAUGUCUCAUAAACACAGUGAUUUCAAAUUAGUCCGCAACUACCAUUACGAACGUAACGGGUGUUGGAGUGUUCGCAUUGGCAUUGUGACUGCAAUUUCAUGAUAUAGCGGCAACUGCAAUAGCAAUUUUAAACCCUAGCCACACCUUCUACUUGUUUAUGCUGCUAUAUAUCCUUUAUUACUUUGAAAUUUGAUGUAGCAGUUUAUUUUUUCAUGGGAAGGUGUUUGUCUCAUGAGUCAUGAUGCUUGGUUUUGUGUUUUUUUGUUUUGUUGUAUAACCUAAAGCAGUCUUAUUUCAGUUCACUACAUACACUUGCUUCUUCUUGAA